AUGAGCCGUUGGGCAUCCGCCAAAAGACCUUUAGGACGAUUUUCACGCGAUCUCACUUCCGAAUUACCAGACGAUUAUCGUGUGAACUCACUUCCAUAUUACGUCUCCCAUAUUCAUGGGUUAAAUGGAACCAGGGUGGUAGAGGCAUCACAUUCAUUUCAGCAUUUCCUCAUACCACUAGGACCGAAGUCCAUUGACCUGUUCAUAAGAAGAUCGAUGAAGGUCACUCCAACUCGUGACCCAAAGAAUCAACGCUGA